UAAAAAUAAACAUGGAGAAAUCACCGGACAUUCGGGCGCUAGAGACACAAACAGAUCUUCGGUGACAAAGAUCAGCUGUUCGGGCAGAAGAGUAACUCACCCCUCGCACCAGGGCACGGCACACUAGGGGAAGGAAGAAUCCAAGCAUGUAUUACAAAUUCUGGUCCUACUUGGUCUAUCUUUACGGCUUGGCUGCACAGACUAUUUGGCCAUGCGAAGAGCCAGCAAAAAUGUCGGCGGGCAAUUUAAACACAGCCGAGUAUUUCGGAUCCUGGUAUUUCAUCGCUGCGGCAGGAGAAAGUGAUUCCGACCUUCAAAUGUUCAAGCCUAUGGACAAUACCCUUUUUGACCUGCAGGGGGCAGGCAUUCCUGAACGCCUUGUACUGAACGGAGCAAUCAAAGUCGGGAAUCAUUGUAUUGAAAAAAAAUGGAUAUACUACAUUCACCAUUACAGAGACGACUUGGAACUGGAAGGCCGUCCUCUAAUGAAGACUUACAUAUUUGAGUCGGAUUGCAAGGACUGCAUCAUCAUGCUGGAGAAGCAGGACGAGGGAGAACAUCAGUUUAAGAGGAUGAUGCUCUAUGCGCGCAGUGCCACCUUGUCCUCUGAGCACAUCGAACAUUUCCAGAAGAAAGCAGCUUGCGUGGGGAUGAAGGAAUUCAUGGUGUUACCUCGGGAGAAAGGUCUCAUCCGAAGGACGGAUUCAAAUUCAAUGCUUUUCAGCAUUUCAGUAUGUAUUGGCGGGACAGCAGCAAGGGCUGUGUGGUGGAAGAACCUCGGGAAUUGAUAAUGGAAGUACUUUGUGACUUAGGGAUGAGUACGAGCCACCCUCGCGGAGGUGAGACCGAACCGAUCAGCCUCCAAGGCUGGCAAGCAUCUGACACUUCGCCCAAGGGGGAACCUAAGGGUGUGAAAAUGGGAAAACGAAAGACAGAUUUAGCCAAAGCCAACUCGGCUGGGCUUAUAAAGGUUGGGAAGUGCGCUUCGCUUACUCGCAGAGGGAGGCCGUUGCAGAGGAGGAACAGCAUAAUGGAGGAGGGGAGGAUGGUGGAAAACAACAGUGCAAGACAGACAAAAA